ACUAGGGUGCCAGAAGGUCAAGACGGGGAGCCCGGCCCUAUGGCACAAUGGCAGUGAGAGUGCCUGGGUUCACUUGCACCCUAGCAAUAGUCAGUUCUCGUCUCCCACUGGUGUCACCUCCAGCCCUGAGUGUUCUCGUCUCCACCACACUUACUGAUCUAGUUGGCGGACCUCUGUCAAUCCACAACUCUACCUGCAAAUUUCAGCCCUAAUCACCCUGAUGGCCUUGUUAAUAACCUUGGCCCUGAUGAUCGAACUGGUCAUCUCGGGUCAUGCCAGGACACUGCAACUUAACUACCCACCCCAGAGAUCAGCAGAACCGCUAAACGUCUUCCACGGCAACAAUCACAACUACGACGACAGCUACGUGUACGACGCUUCCAAAAGCAUGGUGAUGCAGGCGGCAGCAGGAGAGAAAGACUCACCCUCCUCCCCUCUCCAGGAAGUCUUCAACGACUACCAAAAUUAUGACUACUUCUACGGCGACCCUAACUACCAUUACGAAGCAGCCGAAGGACGAAACACAGACGAGGAGAGUGAGACUCGUCAGGAGUACACUGACGUACCACGUCUUGAUGACGGUGAUGAGGUUGUGUACGCCACACCUCCUGAAGGCGUCAACCCUGUAGACCAAGGUACUCUGGUCUCUACCACUGUUCCUGAAGGCGUCAGCCCUGUGGACCAAGGUGCUCACCACUCUACCACUGCUCCUGAAGGUGGCCACCACGACCAGGAAGAGAAAACUGGUUCAUCUAUGCUUCUUAACUGGGUCAUAUUAAAGUGGAACAAGGCGAAGGAGAAGGUACUGAAGGUGGUGGGGGAGGUGCAGGAGGUGAAGAAGAGCGUGACGCAGUUCAUGUACAAGUUUGCUGAGCUGAUGGAUGAGGGAGCGCAGUACUGCAUCCACAAGUUGAGAUAUGCAGCACGGGAGCUCGAUAGUCGGGCAACGAAGGUGCUGGAAAAGUUGGAAGAGAAGUUGAGGGAAGGCAACGAGAAGGUAGCGGCUUUCUUCCGUCUCAUAGGCACUAAGGUGCACGAGUGGGGGAGGCAACACGAAAAGGUUGAAAUAAGUGCGAAUGGAGACAUGAACGGGACAGAGAACAUGGGCAUGAUGGGUAUUAGCGUGGCAGGGAGCGUCGAUGAACAUUCUGACGUGUCUCAGUACCAGGGUGAUGGUAGCCUGGAGAACAAGUUACCACAAGAUGUGGAUCUUCAGUCCGCAGCGAUCGAGGACAUGCCUAACUUCUUCCAGGACGAGGCUGUACUGGAGAAGUUUGAUGAGCUAGUGAGGGAAGGCAUCUUGACGGCGGAGGAGGUGGAGGCAGUGUUGGAGUCUGCCUAACCUCCUAUCGCCCCGUCCCUCCACUUCCACCUCACCGCCCUCAGGCAGGAUUACGAGAGCGCUGGCCAAAUGUAAUACACGAACCAGGCCGAAAGAUGAGGAGAAAAAAGUAAUGAAAUUGGAACAGAAGUCUGAAGUCAUUAUUUUGUAUUUCCCGAAGGUAAAGGUAGCAGUAGCAGCUACAAUAAUAAUGCAAAAUGUAAGACGACAAAAAGAGAGGAGGGCAGAAGACAGAGUUAUGAGGAAGCCUCGAGGAGGAGGAGAGGAAGAGAAGUGGACACUGUGGAGGAACAUGGCAGAACAAGGAGGAAGGGAAAGAAGCAUGGAGACAACACGAGGCGGAAAACAUUGACAAAGGUUUUCUAAGAGCAGAAAACAAAGAGAAUAAUUUAAAGCAAAUUAACAGCAGAAGUAACGGUACUUAAAAACUAUGGAACUAACAGGAGUACGAUUAAUAAAAAGAAAAAGUAAGAGAGGUGUAACUACGGAAGUAGCAACAGUUUUAGUAACGAAAGCAACAGUAGCAGCAUGACAUAGGUAACAGCAGUUGGAAGAUAUUUCAUCAUGGCUCACUGGUAGCAUACUCGUCACCAGUUUCAAAUAGCGGAGAUUUUCGCUGCCUGCGGGAUGCAAAUCAACACAGCUGUUACAAACUAGCUCAUUUAGCCUUUCCUGUAGCUAAAUUUAUAUUUGCAACAGUAGCGUUAACAAUGGAAACAGCAACAGUAGCAUUUGAAUUAAAAUCAAUAGAGCGAUAGUAGCAAUUAAGGAGAGGAGCAGCAGCAGCAGCAGCAGCAGUAGAAUUGUAGAAUUACAACAGCCAAAGUAUUAUCAACAGUAGCAGGAAGUCAAGCAAGCAGAAUAAGCAUAAUUAACAUUGAAACUACUGCAAGUCAUCGUCAUCUUGAAAUCUGUUUUCGCCUUUUUCAAGUCUUUAUCGACAUUUUCGACGCUUCCUCCUGCUCGUCUUUCCGCAACAUACAGCACGCAUUAUAAUACAUUUAAUACACUCAAUCACUGUUCAAAGUACAAAGGUUGUAAUCCAUACUCGGUUUCUUAUAUAGUUUUUAAACCUUAGAUGUAGCUAGAACCAACCAAAGGCAGUAUAAAUUUCAGCCUUGCAAAACACACCAAACUCACCAAAACAAUACAUUAAUUGCUAUGAAUUAUUUAAUGCGUAGUGUACAUAUAAUCGCUACGUAAUUCCACCUGUACACUGAUAAUUUUUAUAAAUUAAUAAACUUCACCUCCUACGUGUGUGUUCUUGUUUCUGGUGAGAGAAUAGUUUAUCACUGCUGUGUCCACUUAAAAUAAACAUAAGUAACGCCAAUUCAAAAUAGUUAGGUAUGGAAAUGUGACGAAACACAGUUAGGUAUAGAGUUACUUAGAAAAACAGUUAAGUGUGGAGGCAGACAGGCAGUUUGACAUGUGACCAACACUUUGAUCCGAGUGGUCAUUUAGUAUUCGACAAUAAAAAAAAAAAAACGCGCGCGCGCGCGCACACACACACACACACACACACACACACACACACACACACACACACACACACACACACACACACACACACACACACACACACACACAA